AUGGGCCGCGCGCGCACCUAAACCCUGACGACGGCGCCCGAGUCAUUCCUCGAGAAGCACUACCCGCGCCUGGGGAGCCACUUCCACACCAAUAAGCGCGUGUGCGAGGACAUUGCCAUCAGCCCCAGCAAGAAGCUCCGCAACGGGAUCGCAGGCUAUGUCGCACAUCUGACGAAGCGCAUUCAGCAGGGCCCGGUUGCAAGAGGGGGAGAGAGGAAGAAGGAGACCUACGUGCCCGAGGUCUCAGCCCUGGAUCAGGAGAUCAUCGAGGUAGAUCCUGACACUCAGGAGAUGUUGAAACUUUUGGACUUUGGAAGCCUGUCCAACCUGCAGGUCACUCAGCCUACAGUUGGGAUGAAUUUCAAAACACCACGGGGAGCUGUUUGAAUCUUUCUGCUGUGCUGGAGUAUCUUCAAUAAACCUUGGACA